CAGAAGGUGUCGUUCUUUAGAUCAUCGAACACGGCCAAGGGCUGGGUCGACGCGAUAUCCUGGCCCACCCUGGCUCGGAUUUUCGGCCAAAGUCAGGCUGGACGUGCAUGUGCAUACGCUAUGCAUAUAUGCCUGGCUACUGCCUGCAUAUCGCUGCACACUCGACAGCUGGCGUGCAUCUCAUUACAAAAUAACCACCUUUAUACCCAGAACAGCCCAGAGCGGGGCGUCGGAAAAGGCUUGUGCUCUCGGUACAGCAUCCGUGAUAUUGGUCGCCAUUCCAUCGCGCUCCUCCUCGGGCGGCACUUCCUAUGGUCGGGCCCCCUAUAUCUACUUGAAUUAUGUUUCGCCUAUAUUGUGUAAUUUUAUGGGCAGGAUCGCAGGAGCUGGUCGACGCAACCUCCCCGCAAGCGCAACGUUCUGCAAACCGUCGAGGAUUGCUUCAUUCUCCGACUGGCCAGAGAACAUGCUCCUCCGAGCAGGAAUGUUGGAUACGUACUACUCCCUUUUCGCACCAAGUAGGAAAACGAAGGGAGGAUCAGCCGAGACUAGAGCCGAGUCUUACCCGUUGUCGGACAAAGAGGCGCCCGCAUGUCGCGGGUGAAAGAAAAAUAAUUUGGGUUGGCGCUACACAGGGGUGUCAUCCAGUCAAACCAGUCAAGACCUGCCGGCCUUGAACCAAGGCCGCCCAAUAGCGUCGUCGAGCGGUUGCCAGGGCAUGGGAUGGCGUGAUGGGUAAAAAGCCCGAAAAGGCCGCGGUCUGGGGCCUUCUAGCACACCUGGCCAAGGGUUGCCACAUGAUUUCCUUUUUGUCUUUGGUGUUAGCGCCAGUCGGGACCCUGCCGACGCCACCACGGCGCCGAACCCUGGAGGCAUGCCGUCACCUUACCAACUGGACAUGGCUUGAGAAUGUCUGGUACGAUGAUGGUUCCCGCACAUGCAGAAGGCAAAAACAACAAUAAUACCAGCGGAACCUAAGCGCUCCCGAGCGGCCACACUAAAUCUAAAGCAACCCAAGACGAAUACAUACACUGCAGUCGCCCACCCGGGCUCUGUUCGCCCAUACCAUACCGCUUAUGGUUAACAACAACCGCCGCCCGACCCCUUCGCCAUGUGGUGGUGUUCGGAUUCUAGCGACUCGUCGUCGCUCGACACCAGCAGCAUCGCCUCCUCCUCGCAACAGUACCACCACCCCCACUACCCCCUACCCAGCACCGAGCGCCUCCUCACGCCGCGUCCGGGCUGUCCCUACUACGUCAUCCAGGACCUGCCCAGCCCGGAGGAGGCGGCCGCCGACGUGGACCUGGACACGGUGCUGCUGAUGCUGGACGAGGGCUCGGCCGAGGCCCGCGUCUUCGCCGACCUGGUCCUCGAGGGGCCCGGCCGCGCGGCGUUUGCGCGCCGCCUCGACUACAUGCGCGAGCACGCGCACCACCGCGUCGGCCAGUCCCGCCCGUCCCACAGCGCCAUGACCGAGGGCUCGAGGCGGUACCUGCUCCGCCUGCGCUCGCCCGAGGGCGAGGUCGCGGCCGCGCUGCGCGAGCGGCCCGACGGGAGGGGGAGGGGCGCCGGCGACGAGGAGCGCGAGCGCAUCGUCACGCGCAAGUACCCGCGCCUCGUGGCCUACCACCGCGCCCACGGCAUCAUGCAGUUCUACCGCAAGUUCGCGCACGAGGUCGAGGAGGUGGAGCAGCUGAGGACGUUUCGCUGAAGAAGGGGGGGAAGAAGGGGGGGGAAGAAGGGGGAAGCCUUGCCUUUCUUGGGCUAAUUGGCCGACGACGGACAUGACGGUUCGAGCAACGCUUCUUUGUUGUGAUUGGUGAUUGUUGGCCGACGCCAAAUCUCCUUUGUAUUUCCCUAGCUGUUUAAUACCCAAUACCCCCCCGUCGUACACGGAAGGGGAGAGAUACCCAUACUAUCAAAAUUCCAAACGGUUUACAACGCUG